AUGUUUUCAAACUCCAAUAACGCAAAACAAAGAUUGGCUAAAGAGUACAAAAUACUACUCCAAAACCCAACGCCAUUUAUCAUCGCAAGGCCAAACGAACGAAACCUCCUACAAUGGCACUACAUCAUCACCGGUCCACCUGAAACUCCCUACGAAAACGGCCAAUACCACGGAAUUCUUACUUUCACUGAUAAAUAUCCAUUCGCAGGUCCAUCGAUUUCUAUUUGUACGCCCAAUGGUCGUUUUCUGUGUGGACAACGUAUUUGUUUGAGUAUGAGCGACUAUCAUCCAGAAGAGUGGAACCCAACAUGGGGCGUGCUGACCAUUUUGAAUGGAUUCUUGAGCUUUUUCACGGGAACUGAAAAUGCCUUGGGCUGCACGGCAUCAACUGAAGAUUAUAAGAAACGAUGCGCAAGAGGAAGCAGGGCAUUCAAUAAUAACGACAAGGAAUUUCAAGCAGUUUUUCCUGAAAUCUACGCUAGCAACCAAAUAGAAAUUCAACAGAACCCACAAUGCACCUCAAUGUGA